AUGUCAACUUCGUCCGCUCAUCCUAAGACUAGCCGGCCAUUAGGACCUCAGACUAUAGUUUCGCCAUUACCGAAGCCUGUGAUCAUUGGCCUAUACGGAGUACCAGGAUGUGGAAAGUCGUUCUUACUCGAACAGCUAAAAUUUGAACUCAACGCAGAAAUUUUUAAAUUUUACGAGGGUUCCGAGGUAAUCGGUUCUCUUGUUCCAGGAGGCCUUAGCGCUUUUAAGAAAUUGGAAGAGUCCGAAAAAGACCAUCAUCGUAAGCUUGCUAUCGACCACAUUGCACAGAGCUGCUCCAUGACAGGACGUGUCGGAAUUGUUGCCGGGCACUUCAUGUUCUGGGAAGAGGAUGAAGAGACCGGACGUACAGUGUGUACAUCGAAUGAUUUGGACGUGUACACACACAUCAUCUACUUGAAUAUUAACCCCGACCUUAUUUCAAGAAAUCGGUUAGACGACACUAAGAGGGUUCGCCCAUCGGUUUCCGUCGAACACUUACGCAAAUGGCAAGAAGCCGAGAAGAUUCAACUGCGUCAACUCUGCUACGAUAAUGACAUCUUAUUUUCAUCAAUGUCCCCGAGGGCGUGGGUACCUUUUUUUCUCUCCCGGAUCUUGACGUUGAUACGAUACUUCCAGUGCCAUACAACAAGUUUGAACCUUUCCCGCGCCAUAGAAAAGCUAGACAAUAUCCUUGCGAGUGACGCACGUCAACUACAUACAAUGCUAGUACUGGACGCUGACAAAACACUGGCUGCGGAUGAUACUGGAAAGCUGUUUUGGGGAAAGAGUUUAGAAUAUGAGCAAAAUGUUGCAGACGAUGAACCACUGAAGACGAUAUUCAGCAGCAGGUUGGGGUAUUCCUAUUCCGCUUUUCGGCAAGCUGUCCUACUAUACGAAGAGAACUUUUCUGAUGAUAUGUUUGACCUUCUCUGUGAGGAGGUAGCAGCAUCGGUAACUCUUCAGCCGGAAUUCAUAUCACUUUUGCGGAGGGUGAAGGAAGAUGAUCACGUUGGCGCUGUAGUCGUUACUUGUGGUCUACGACAUAUAUGGGAUAAGAUCCUCUUAAAAGCAGGUCUAUCAAGAACAGUAAAGGUUAUUGGUGGAGGACAUAUCUCGGAUGGCUUCUUCGUUACCCCAGAAGUCAAGGCCUCCCUAGUUCUUCACCUCCGAUCAACCUAUGGACUCCAUACUUGGGCCUUUGGGGAUAGUCCUCUAGAUUUGGCGAUGCUCAAUCAAGCGAAUAAAGCUGUUGUUAUUGUCGGCGAAGAGAAAUCGAGAAGCAAAUCCAUGGAUGCAGCUUUACUAAAGGCUAUUGAUGACGGCCUUGAAGUUUAUCAAGCUCUGUUGCCCGGAAAUGUUCCACCACGACUAGAUACCAAAAAACUCCCCCUGGUAGACUUUCACGACCCAAAGUUUAUCGAUUCCCUCUUCGCCGGCCCCUUGAAUAAUAAUACCGGCAAGCUAUCCCUAAUACACGCUACAGAGAAGCGAUCUGCCAAACUAUUAAUGACACCUAUGCGCAAUGCAACGGUUGCUAGUCACGACCUCAGAGAAGCUCAUCAAAACGCUGGGUGGUACUUGGCAAUUGAAUUCCUAUCGGAACUUGUCGGUGUCGAAGAGUAUCCCAUAGAUCAUGUCCAGGGCAAUAAGACAAGCGGCCACCGACUUUGCCACGAGGAAGAUACCCUAAUCAUCCCACUGAUGCGUGGCGGUGAGGCCAUGGCUUUUGGUGUCAGUCGAGCCAUCCCCCUCGCCCGGUUUGUUCAUGCAAACCGCCCAGACGAUAUCAAGGUCGAGCAUCUUCACAAUAUCCGCAACGUAGUCUUAGUUGACUCGGUCAUCAAUAACGGCGGCACGAUAGUAGAAUUUACACAACACGUGCGAAAACUAAGCGGUGAAGUCCGUGUUGUAGUAAUCACUGGGGUUGUUCAGAAGAAGUCGAUCUCUCCGGGUGGUCAAGUAUCAGAGUAUGCUCUCGAAGCAGGGCUAGAACUCAUAGCCCUGCGUGUCUCGGACAACAAGUAUACCGGAAGCGGUGGUACUGAUACAGGCAAUCGUCUCUUCAACACGACGCAUCUUUCGAAAUAG